AUGCCUACCGACUUCCAACCCCUGCUCAAUAUCUCCGACGAUACUUACCCCCGUACAGCGGGCACGUGGGGUUUCUCAGGCACAAUCACGCAUCAGUAUGCACUUCGCAAGAGAUGGAUACUGCUCCGCUUUGAGCAAGUAACAGAGUUCGCGUGUAGCCUAUGCAAGCAGCAGAAGCAGGCCCAUCUCGUAGCUGUAAAGGGUGUGCUGACCAUCACAGCUGCAGCAGUCGUUGUAUCGGCCGCAGGCUACAGCGGACUUCUCAGUCUCUAUCACUACAUCUUCGUCAGCCAAUAUGUCUUCACGGUGUCGAUGCUCCCGCAGCUCUGGCGACUCUUCACAGCGUUUCUAAUUACGAAACCGAAGUUCGGCAUCCUGCUAGACCCCUACUUUCUAUACCAGUACGGCAGCUCCAUCGAGCGGGAGUCGCCUCGCUUCAAGGAUCCAGGCGACUUCUUCGUGUACACUUUGUUCCUCGGUAGCGUCAUUGUCGCAACAGCAGGUGGCAUCCUAAACCAGUACACCUUCCUCCCGUCGCUGUCCCUCGCCUACGCAUACACGUUCGCCCAAGAUAAUCCUACCCGCUCCGUAUCCUUCUUCGUCAUUACCUUCGAAAGCAAAUACCUGCCCUUUGCUAUGCUCUUCAUGGCCUUCUUCAUGGACGGUCCUGAUGCCGCUCUCGGACAGCUCAUGGGCCUCCUCGCCGCACACUUGUACGACUUCCUGACAAGGAUCUGGCCUACGUUUGGCGGUGGCAAAAACUAUAUUCGCACACCUGAGAUGGUGAAGCGCUGGUUCGGUGCUGCGCCGGGCAGCGUGCAGAACAGAGGAUAUGGGCAUGUUGUGCAGGGACGGGGAGGUGCUGCGCAGCCUAGCGCGGCGAGGGCGACAGGCAAUGCUUGGGGUGGAAUGGGUCCUGGGAGGAGGCUGGGGGAAUAG